AUGGCUUCCAGCGUGCGGCAGCCAUGGCAGCUCCUCCUGAUCGUCCUCCUCCCGUCCUUGGCCGCGGCGACGGUGUUCGACGACAACUACGUGCCCUCGUGGGGCGCAGACGGCUACCACCUCGUCGACCAGGGCACGGAGACCCGUCUCACCAUGGACAGAACCUCCGGCGCAGGGUUCCGCUCCAGGUCGACGUACGGGUCGGGGUUCUUCCACAUGAGGAUCAAGGUGCCCGGGGGGUACACGGCCGGAGUCAUCACAGCCUUCUAUCUGGCGUCGGAAGCACCUUAUGAUGGCAGUGACCGCGACGAGGUGGACUUCGAGUUCCUGGGCAACGUGGAUGGCGAGAACAUCACCCUCCAGACCAACGUCUUCGUCAACGGCGACGGCGACAGGGAGCAGAGGCUCAACCUGUGGUUCGACCCCGCAGCCGACUUCCACGAGUACAAAAUACUCUGGAACCCUUACCAGCUCGUGAUAUUGGUGGACGAUGUGCCGAUACGGGUGCUGAGGAACCUGACGGGGCAGGUGCCGGAGUACGAGUUCCCGGUGAAGCAGAUGGGCGUGCGGGCUAGCCUGUGGGACGGCUCCGACUGGGCGACGGAUGGCGGCAGGAUCAAGAUCGACUGGGGCCGCGCGCCCUUCACCGCGGGGUUCCAGGGCUUCGACGUCGACGCCUGCGCCAACACCAGCUCGACGCCGUGCGACUCAACGGACCUCUGGUGGAACGCCCGCAGGCACAGGCGGCUGUCCGUCCGGGAGCAGGCGGCCUACGAGCACGUCCGGAGGACGUACAUGAACUACGACUACUGCGCCGACAAGGACCGGUUCCAGAACGGCAAGGUGCCGGUUGAGUGCAGCUACACUACUUAG